AUGGUCGGCCAGAUCCCCGGUCUCCGAUCCCUGAAGACUAACCCGCCGUUGCCGAUCUCCGUGCCCCGCGCUAAGGGCUUCGAUAUGGGGCUUGUGGCCGUUUUGGAUAAAAAGGAGGAUGUUGCGGUUUAUGCGGCGCAUCCGGCGCAUUUGGAGGUUCAUAAGUUGAGGGAGGAGUUGUGUGAGGAUACCUUGGCUUAUGAUCUGGAGUUUGAGGAGUAA